CAUCAAACAAAGCAUAGAAAACGAAAAAUUGUUUAUAUUAAAACGUGUGGAAUUAAAAGUGUAAUUUUUAUGAUGAAGGUAUUUGCUUGCGUUUUGGCUUUGGCGGUGGCUUCUGCCCACGCCGGACUCCUGCCCCAUAUUGGUGAUGGUCACAUUGUAGAUCACGGUGUUGUACAUCAUGGUGCUGAUUUAUUCCAUGGCGACCUUCAUCACAAUGAUGGUAUUCAGGUGGGCUAUUCAUAUGACCUUCCAGUGGAGGCACAUCAUGCUGUUGUAGACCAUCACGCUUUGGAUAACCAUGCCGUCAUUGAUCAUCACGGCCUUGACCAUCAUACCGUUGUUGAUCAUCAUGCUGUUGAACACCAUCCCGUUUACCACCAUGCCGAUCAUCAUGCCGCUGUAGAUGUUGUGACCCACGAUGCUGGCCAUCAUGGUGUUGCUGCUUCAGAUGUUCAAAAUGCCCCUGCCGACCAAGUCAUCCAACACGAACCCAUUCAUCAGGUUGAACCCGUUCAUCAUGUCACCAAUGUUGUACAUCACGAACCCCAUCACUUCCUGCACUACACCAAUCCCGUUGUUGAUCACCAUGUUGUCCAUCAAAACCAUCACAUCGACGAGCAUCAUCAUGCUGCCGAUUUGCAUCAUACCGAGUUGCACCAAGGAGAUGUUGCUCAUCAGGGAAAUUUUGUUAACCACGUUGACGUCCUUCAUCACGGAGAUGUUCAUCAUGAUGAUAUCGUCCUUCACGGUGAUGUUUAUCAUGCUGGUGUCCACCAUGCCGAUGUUCUCCGUCAUGCCGGCGUUCAUCAUGCCGAUGUUUUGCACCAUGCCGGUGUCCACCACGCCGAUGUUCUUCAUCACGAUGAUGUUCUCCACCAUGGUCAUGAUAAUCAUGCCGCUGUUAUCUAUCACGCCAAUGUUCAUGAACAUGCCGCUUUGGUACAUCACGUUAAGCCCGUCUACCAUCAUCACAGCCAUGGUGUUGUUGUGCGUAAAGUUUACCCCUCCAAAUACCACGGUCAUUUCAUUAGCAAAAUUCCAAAAGUGAAGGUUCUUAAGAAAUUCUACUAAAUGUUCUUAAAUUUGACCAAAGAUUAAUUCAAUGCAUUUGAUAC